AUGGCUCCUCUGCGAACAGUCGUAGCGUGGACGCUGUUGGCCGCUUCGACUUUUCUUCGCUGCUGGUGCGAAGCAUCGAGGACUAGCGUUUCCAGCAGGGGGCAGCAAGGAGUGCUGAACGGGGAGCGCGUGAAGAGGGGAUGGGUGUGGAACCAGUUUUUUGUGGUGGAGGAGUACACCGGCACGGAGCCUCUCUAUGUUGGGAAGAUCCACACAGACUCCGAUGAAGGCGAAGGUAACAUCAAGUACACCAUCUCCGGAGAAGGAGCAGGCACCAUCUUCAUUAUCGACGAGCUAACGGGUGACAUCCACGCCACGGAGAGGCUGGACCGCGAGGAGAAAGCCUUCUACACGCUCCGAGCGCAGGCCCGCGAUCGGCUUAGCGACGACCCACUGGAACCAGAGUCGGAAUUCGUCAUCAAGGUCCAGGACAUCAACGACAGCGAACCCAAAUUCUUGGAGGGGCCGUACAUCGGCAGCGUGGCCGAACUGUCUCCGAUAGGAACGUCCGUUCUUAAAAUCACCGCGUCAGAUGCCGAUGACCCGUCUUACGGCAGCAGUGCCCGAGUGGUGUACAGCGUCCUGGACGGCGAAAAGUUCUUCACCGUGGGCCGACACACAGGGAUCAUAAUGACAGCCGUGGCAGAUCUGGACCGCGAAACGCAGGAUCGUUACGAGCUGGUCGUCAAGGCAACCGACAUGGCAGGACAACUGGGUGGUCUCUCCGGCUCCACCACGGUGACCAUAGUGAUCACAGAUGUUAACGACAACCCGCCACGCUUCCCGCAGAAAAUGUACCAGUUCACGGUGUCAGAAGGCGCUGCCGUGGGGACGCCGGUGGGACGUGUCAUCGCCACAGACGCGGACAUGGGGGACAACACGGAUAUGAGUUAUCUGAUACAGGAAGGGGGAGAGCUCUUCAAGGUGACCACUGACGCCGUGACACAAGAAGCUGUCGUCUCCAUCAAGAAGCCACUGGACUUUGAGAGCAAGCGCACACACAAUGUCGUGGUCGAGGCUGUUAAUAAGCACGUGGACCCUCGCUUCGUCGACCUGGGCUCCUUCCGGGACCAGACCAUCGUCCGGGUCAGCGUGUCGGACGUGGACGAGCCGCCGCUCUUUGAACCUGCCGACGGCGCCGUCAUGGAGGUGCAGGAGGACGCCAAAGUCGGGGCGCUGGUCGGCGUCGUUUCUGCCCGGGACCCGGAUGUGAAGAGUAAACCAAUCAGGUUUUCCAUUGAUCGCACCACCGACCAGGACAUGAUCUUCCACAUCGAUCCCAAUUCGGGUGCCAUCACACUGGACAAGAUUCUGGACCGCGAGACUGCCGGCUGGCAUAAUAUCACCGUAAAGGCUGAGGAAACUGAUAACCACACCAUGGCGUCACACUCGGCCGUGAGCAUUCGGAUACUGGACGUGAAUGAUAAUCCUCCUGAGCUGGCCACGCCGUAUGAAGCCUCCAUAUGUGAAGAUACCAAGGCGGGGCAGAUAAUUCACACCAUCAGUGUGGUGGACAAAGACGAGCCACAGACAGGACAUCACUUCUACUUCACACUGGCGCCGGAAGCCUCUGGCAAUCAACAUUUUGCCCUGUGGGAUGUGAAAGACACCACUGCAGGCAUUCGAAUGGAGCGGUCGGGCUUCAACCGCCACGAGCAGAACGUGUACUUCCUUCCCAUACUGGUGGUGGACAGCGGCCCACCUUCUCUUAGCUCUACGGGGACCCUGACCAUUCACAUCUGCGGCUGUGACACAGAUGGAUCCAUCCAGUCCUGUAACGCUACCGCUUACGUAAUGAGUGCAGCUCUAAGCCCCGGGGCUCUUAUAGCACUGCUGGUGUGCAUGCUCAUCCUUAUAGUCCUGGCUUUGCUCAUCCUGACUCUGAAACGCCACCGAAAAGGCAAGCGUAUCGCGGAGGACGAGGAAGACAUGCGGGACAACGUCAUCAAGUACAACGACGAGGGCGGCGGCGAGCAAGACACUCAAGCGUACGACAUGAGCGCCCUCAGGAAUCUCUACGACUUCCCCGAGGCAAAGAGCGCCGCCGCCGUCUCCGACUCGGGUCCGGACAUCCGCUCGCUGCCGCAGUGGUUGCAGGGGAACCGUUUGGCGGGCGGGUCGGCGGCCUCCGGGUACGACUCGGCGGCCGACUUCUCUCUCUUCAAAGGUUACAUCCGCAAGAAGGUGGAGCAGGCCGACGCCGAUCUUUCGGUGCCGCCGUAUGACUCCUUCCAGACGUACGCCUUCGAGGGUACGAGCUCGCCCGCCCUGUCGCUCAGCUCCAUCCACACACUGUCCACCACCUCCGAGCAGGAUUUCUCAUACCUCAGUGACUGGGGGCCGCGAUUCCGGCAGCUGGCCGGCUACUACGCGCCGGGGAAGCCCGACGAGGACGGCUCCUAG